UCGUGGGUUGGUUGGUUGGCUGGCUGGCUGGUCGGGUCGCCUUCUUCCUUGGCAGCCGGGUCGGGUCGGAGCCAGGACGAGCGGUUCUAGGUCUUCGCUUGCUUAGCUGCUGCUGCUGCUUCAUCACCAUCGUCUUCCUCAUCUUCUUGUUCUUCGCCCACUUCCCAAGGCCCCACAGAGGCUCUGAUCGGGAUCUGUAUGGAGCCCCAACGUUAAAGGGGGACCAGGGAGCCCGCAGCCUCCCCCCACCUCUUUGCCCCCCAACUGGGCACGCGGAGGAGGAGGAGGAGGAGGAGGAGAGCAGCCAGCUGCGCCAUCGUCGCCAGGAAAAGGGGGGCAGGGGAUGCGACGACCACGACGACCCCCACUUUGCUUCUAAAGACCUGAGCACCCACCCUGCCAUUCACUGAAGCAUGAACAUUGGACAUGGCCACCCGCCGAUGCACUCGGAAGCCUCUGCUGGCACCUGGAGUCUCUAGAAUGGUGUGGAAGCAUCUCGUCCUCUUCUUCCUCUGGCUGCCAUCCCUGGUUUGGGGCGGAGCCUCUCCCACCUCCUGCCCGGCGGCUUGUUCCUGCAGCAACCAAGCCAGCCGGGUCAUCUGUACGCGCCGGGAGCUGGUGGAAGUGCCUGAGAGCAUUUCGAUCAACACGCGGUACCUCAACUUGCAGGAGAACACCAUCCAGGUCAUAAAGACGGACACUUUCAAGCACCUUCGUCAUCUCGAGAUUCUGCAGCUCAGCAAGAACCUCAUCCGUAAGAUUGAGGUCGGCGCCUUCAAUGGCUUGCCUAACCUCAACACUCUGGAGCUCUUUGACAACCGGCUGACCACUGUCCCCACGCAGGCCUUUGAGUACCUCUCCAAGUUGCGGGAGCUGUGGCUGAGGAACAACCCCAUCGAGAGCAUCCCUUCCUAUGCCUUCAACCGAGUCCCUUCCUUGCGCCGAUUGGACCUCGGAGAGCUCAAGAAGCUAGAGUACAUCUCGGAGGCGGCUUUCGAAGGCUUGGUCAACCUGCGCUACCUGAACCUGGGCAUGUGCAACCUGAAGGACAUCCCAAACUUGACGGCCCUAGUGCGGCUGGAGGAACUGGAGCUAUCUGGGAAUCGCUUGGACAUGAUCCGGCCGGGCUCCUUCCAAGGGCUGACCAGCCUUCGCAAAUUGUGGUUGAUGCAUGCCCAGGUGGCCACCAUCGAACGCAAUGCCUUCGACGACCUCAAGUCCUUGGAGGAGCUCAAUCUCUCCCACAACAACUUGAUGUCCUUGCCGCACGAUCUCUUUACUCCCUUGCACCGCCUGGAGCGUGUCCACCUCAACCACAACCCUUGGCACUGCAAUUGCGACGUGUUGUGGCUCAGCUGGUGGCUCAAGGAGACAGUGCCCAAUAACACAACCUGCUGCGCCCGGUGCCAUGCCCCACCGAACCUCAAAGGCCGGUAUAUUGGAGAACUGGAUCAAAGCCAUUUCACCUGCUAUGCCCCAGUUAUAGUGGAGCCCCCCACUGACCUUAAUGUGACUGAGGGGAUGGCGGCUGAGCUGAAAUGUCGGACAGGGACCUCCAUGACAUCGGUCAACUGGCUGACACCCAAUGGGACACUGAUGACACAUGGUUCCUACCGGGUGCGCAUCUCAGUCCUCCAUGACGGCACACUCAAUUUCACCAAUGUGACAGUCCAAGACACAGGACAGUACACCUGCAUGGUGACCAAUUCAGCUGGCAACACCACCGCUUCGGCUACCCUCAAUGUCUCCGCUGUGGACCCAGCCACCACAGGAUACACCUACUUUACGACAGUGACUGUGGAGACCAUGGACUCAAGUCAAGAGGAAUCCAUUCCCACAAAGAAGGAGCCCGGGCCAACCCCAUCACAGGGCUGGGGCAUGACUUAUUCCACCACGUCCUUGACCCCGCGCAGCACCCGUAGCACCGAGAAGCCAUUCACCAUCCCAAUCACUGACGUAGCGGAGAGUGGCAUGAAGGACCUGGACGACGUCAUGAAGACCACGAAGAUCAUCAUCGGCUGCUUCGUGGCCAUCACCUUCAUGGCCGCCGUCAUGCUCAUCGUCUUCUACAAGCUCCGCAAGCAACACCAACUUCACAAGCACCACGGCCCCACGCGUACCAUUGAGAUCAUCAACGUCGAAGACGAGCUGCCCGCGGCGGCCGGGGCUCCCGGCGACAGCCACCUGGCGCUCCCCGCCAUCGAACACGACCACCUCAACCACUACGCUGCUUUCAAGGCCCACUACAACAACAACAGCGGCGGCGGACCGCUCACCUGUGGCUCCAAGAACCCCAUGCUCAAUUCCAUCCACGAACCUCUCUUGUUCAAGAGCAGCUCGAAAGAGAACGUCCAAGAGACACAGAUAUGACGGCCGAGAGACCCAGGCGACGGGAAAUACUUGCGUGGUGGGAGGGUGGCAGUGAAUUCGUACAUGUGGUGGGGAGAAUGUUGAGGAACAGCUCCUUGACCCUCCCCACACACACAAAAAACACACACACACAGAUCUUUCCACCACCGUGGCAGAUCUUGGAUGCCAAGUUCCCAGCGGACACCUUUGGUUCUCACCAAUUUAGCCUUUUACGUUCUCUUCUUUUUUCUUUUGCAGAACAAGGUACUACUCUCACCCUCUGCCUGACCUUCCCCCCCCUUUCUUUUCUUUUCUCCCCUCUUUUUUCUUUACUUAUUUUUCUACCGUUCUCCCUUUACAUUGGAGACUUUUUUUUAUACAGAUGGGGCUGUUUCUGUAUCCAACUACCUGCUGUAUUACUUUAAAAAGAAAGAAAGAAAGAAAGAAAAGGAAGAGAGAAAACAACAAAAGAAGAAAGGAAGGAUCACCCGGAUUUGUUUUCCUUUUGACGUCAUGGGAAUAAACUUUAGGAAGAAAAAGAAACCCAAGCGAAAUGGGAGAGGAGGAGGAGGGGGGGAAUCUUAUUUUGAGCUGCUUUCCGUCAAAAUUCUAUUUUCAUCCAAACAGGAUAUACAAAAUAAAUAAAUUAAAUUAAAGAGACGGAAGGUCAUGGUGGUGCCAGGGUUCCCCCCCCCCUUUGGAGCACGUGGGGAUGCCAGGCGCACAGGGUUCGGGGGAAUUUUUUAUGACUAGUAUUAUUACUAUGGGAUGGCAGGCAUGGCCGGUGUGCCCCCCAAGAGACACAGGGGCGUGGAGGUAUUUUUUAAUUUGUAAUAAUCUGGGGGUGGGGAUGUGGGAUUUGGUGGGGACUGCACUUCCGGCCGCAAAAAAAAAGAAAAAAGAAAAAAAGGCCUGUUGAUUCCCUUGGCAUUUUGGGGUCUGGUCUGAGUUUCCUAUUUUAAUAAAA